GAAACUGGGUUGCAGUAUAAGAAAUUCAUGGCCUAUCCUUGGAUCCUGACAGUUACUUGGCCGGUGGACAUGGACAAUGAAGACUACCCGCUGAUCAGAACAGGACCUUAUUGGAAGAAGUUCAAGGCCAAUUUCUGUGAAUUUAUUGCGGUACUUGUCCAACAGUGCCAGUGCAGCAUCCUGUAUGAUAGCUACUUGAUGGACACUAUCAUCUCGCUGCUUACAGGCUUGGCGGACUCCAUGGUCAGAGCAUUUAGACACACAAGUACUUUCGCAGCAAUGAAACUACUGACAGCAGUUGUAAGCGUACAUCUGAACCUUGAUGUCAACAAGCACAAUGCUCAGAGAUUAUAUGAGGUGGAGAAGAGGAGGAUAAGUGGCAAGAGGACCAAUUACAGACUUGACCAGCUCGAGAGAAAAAGGAAAGAGUAUGAGUGUAAGCUUCUAGAGAUACAGAACAUGAUGAAUGCUAUUUUCAAAGGGACGUUUCUAAACCGUUACUGUGAUGUGAUCCCCGAGAUUCGAGCAACUUGCAUUGAAGAAAUUGGCAGCUGGAUGAAAACAUACCCAGAUGCUUUUUUAAAUGAUAGCUACUUAAAAUACAUUGGGUGGAUGCUGUAUGAUAAGCAAGCUGAAGUGCGCUUGAAGUGUCUUCUGGGACUGCAAGGAAUUUAUAGCAGAAAAGAACUUGUUUCCAGGAUGGAUCUCUUUACCAGCAGGUUCAAGGAUCGAAUUGUGUCCAUGCCUCUGGACAAGGACCAUGAAGUAGCAGUUCAAGCCAUGAAACUCUUGAUGCUUAUGUCACAGAACUGUGAGGAUGUGUUAUCAACUGAAGACUGCGAAACGUUAUACCAGUUUGUUUAUACCACACACCGUCCGCUUGCAGUAGCAGCUGGGGAAUUCCUUUAUAAAAGGCUGCUUAGUCAUGAGGGAGAUGAAGAAGUUCAGCCCAAAGGAGGAGGGAAGUUUGGGGCGAGUACUGACCAGUUGAAAAGAUUAAUAUGUUUUUUCCUGGAGAGUGAGGUACACAAACAUGUUGCAUAUCUCAUAGACAGCUUGUGGGACUGGGCAGGCAAGUUCUUGAAGGACUGGGAGUGCAUGACCACUCUUCUAUUAAAAAAUGCUGAAGAAGAUGGAGAAGCACUGAGUGAUGCCCAUGAAAGUGCUCUCAUUGAAAUUAUCCUCGCAACGGUUAGAGAAGCAGCUGAAGGUCAUCCUCCAGUGGGCAGAGGUGCAGCCAAAAAAAUUCUGUCAGUAAAAGAGAAGAAAAUACAAUUGGAAGACUGUACCAAAAUUACUGAACACUUUAUUAUGGCACUUCCUCAGCUCUUGGCAAAGUAUUCAACAGAUGCACAAAAAGUGGCAAAUCUUCUGCAGAUUCCUCAGUAUUAUGAUUUAGAGAUUUACAGUACGGGACAUCUAAAGAAGCAUUUGGACGCUUUGCUGAGAGAGGUAAAAGACAUUGUGGCCAAACACUCUGACAUGUCUGUCCUUGAGGCUUCCUCCAGGACUUAUUAUAGCCUCUGCAGUGAAGAAAUUCCUAUCUAUAGCCAGGUGGAUAGUGCCCGAACCCAACUGAUAGAUGAAUUGAUGGGACAGCUUAACCAGCUACUAGAUGGCUUCUGGCAAAAGGAAGAAGGAUUUUGUACAGAUGCAGGAGAAAUUUCCCGGAUGCACUCUGCUUUGAGAAGAGUAGCAGCUUUUCAUAAUGCCCAUGAUCUCACAAAGUGGAAUCUGUAUGACAAGACUUUAAGGUUGCUGGUGUUUGAAAUGGAACAUGGGAGCUUGCCUGUUCUGAUGAUCCUGCCAGCUCUCCAGUGCACGUAUUUUUCUCUCCUGUGGCAGCUAGCUGCAGUUUCAGAAAAUUCUCCCAAGACUUUUUUUGCACUAAGAAGAGAGCUGAGACGUUUCAGUCAGAUUUGCACGUGCUUCCUCCACCAUAAGGAAAAAGAUGUCAGAGAAAAGGCCUUCAUGAUACUCUGUGACUGGUUGCUGAUUUUGAGUCAUCAGGAUUCAAAUAAUAACAAAGAAGCAGUCGGACUUCUAGAUUAUCUUCCUAGCACAUUACUUCAGGAAAAACUGCUUUUGUUUAUCCAGGAACAUGUUUUCAUGGAGGAAGAAGCGGAAAGCAAAGACCUGACAGAAGAGGAGGAGAGAAAGGAUGAAAGUUGCAAACUUGACGACUUGCACAAAAAGCGAAGUCUUCUUGCAGCGUAUUGCAAGUUAAUAGUGUAUAAUGUGGUAGAGAUGACUGCGGCUGCUGAGAUCUAUAAGUAUUAUGUGAAGACCUACAAUGAUUUUGGAGACAUAAUUAAAGAAACGUUAAGCAAGACGAGGCACAAUAACAAAAUUCAGAGUGCCAAGACACUGAUUCUCUGUCUGCAGCAGCUGUUUCAGACACAUGCAGAAAACCAAGACAGCAGGAGCCGUGUGGACUUCUCCUCUGCUUCCUUCACAAAUAUGAAAGAACUUGCUCGUCGCUUUUCACUCACGUUUGGCUGGGACCAAGUGAAAUCUAGAGAAUCUGUAGCCAUGAUACACAAGGAAGGGAUUGAAUUUGCUUUUCAAGGAGCUACUGGAGUAGAUGGAAAAUGCUUGCCUCCUAACUUGAGCUUUCUGUUAAUCAUCAGUGAAUUUUCCAACAAGCUGCUAAAGCCAGACAAAAGACUAGUGUACGCUUACUUACAGAGGUACAUAGCAGAACCACUGCCUUGCAGAGGAGACGAGUGGCAGCCGUUGAUUUGGUACAGAAACUCUUUAUUGGAAAACGAAGAUGAGGAGAGCUCUGUCCUCGGCAGUUCAGGAGAGUGGUCCCCCGUGGGCACAUCUAAGACAUCUUCUUUUAAAAGGAAAUUGUCUGACG